GCGGAGAGGAGCGGGGUCAAUGGCGACGCUGCGGGCCCGGCGGUGCCGCUCGCUGUGAGGGGCCGCGGGGACACUAUUCCACAAUGGAUGGGGGAGAUGGAACUGCUGACCUCGUGAUUAACAAGAGGUUUGUGUCUGAAGCAGAGCUAGAGGAGCGGAGAAAGAGAAGGCAAGAGGAAUGGGAAAAGGUCAGAAAACCUGAGGACCCAAAAGAAUGCCCAGAGGAGGCAUAUGACCCACGGUCCUUGUAUGAAAGGCUCCAGGAACAGAGAGAAAAGAAGCAGCAGGAGUUUGAGGAGCAAUUUAAAUUCAAAAAUAUGGUAAGAGGCUUAGAUGAAGAUGAGACUCAUUUCCUUGAUGAGGUUUCUCGGCAGCAAGAGCUACUAGAAAAGCAACGAAGGGAAGAAGAGCUGAAAGAACUAAAUGAAUACAGAAGCACUCUCGCUAAAGUGGGAGUCAGUAUGGACCCAAAGAAGGAAACUGAGAAGAAAUUGCCCAUGAAGUCAGUGGAAAACAAGAACAAAUUUUCUCAGGCAAAGCUGUUGGCAGGAGCUGUGAAACACAGAAGUUCAGAUAGUGGUAACAGUGUGAAGAGGUUGAAACUAGACACUGAUCAUGAUGAAAAGAAUCAAGAAAAACCCUCCUGUGUUCCCUUGGGGAGCAGCUCAGUGGGAGGCUCCACAGUGCAUUGUCCCUCAGCAGCUGUGUGCAUCGGGAUCCUGCCUGGCCUGGGCGCCUACUCGGGGAGCAGCGAUUCGGAGUCCAGCUCAGACAGCGAAGGCACUAUCAAUUCCACUGGGAAGAUUGUCUCUUCUGUCUUUCGUGGCAACAGUUUCUUUGAUGGUCCAUAACAAAAUCCCUCCGUGAGUAAUGUAGUGCAGAAUAUCUUCCAAAGUCCUGAUGGAUGCUUGUUGCAUCCUUCUGCCCCAAAUAUAAUCUUUCUAGCUAACUUCUCAACUUUAAUACACUCAGAUGCUCCUAAAGUAACUCAUCAUUCCCCCCCCCCCCCCAACUUUCCAUUUCUGGGGUGCCUACUGAGCCUGGAAGAAAAGCUGCCAUCCAAAAACAGAAGGCACUCCUAACCAUGUCACAAAGGUCUGAGGGUAUGGAGGAGAGAGCUUUAGCUUUUACAAUUCUUACAGAAAGAAUUAUGUUGAUUUAAGAAGUUUAUACAAGACUUACAGGCAAAAAAUAAUCACUUGAAGCAGUGAAGUCUUGUAGAAGGAGCCAUGUGUUCUGUUUUAAAAUGUCAUUUUUAUUCUGUAUUUGAAAAAUGGGGGCAGAACCAAAUUUGAGCAGAUGGUGAAGUGUAGAUUGCCAUGACACUGUAAGGAAGUUUUAGUGUUACAUGAUUAAAGACGUUCUGAAUGCAUUUUUUUAUCUCUGCCUGUGCCAUUCAUAAUUGUUCUCAUUCCAUUAAUCAAUUUCUGCUCUACCCAACCAGCCCUUCCCUCAAACCACAAUCCACAAGAGGUGUAGGUCAGCUUCCCACAAAAGUAGAGGUGCUGAUGGAACACUUGGUCUGAGUGAGUUCACAGGAACUGCAGUUGGCCUUUCUGCUCGAAGGCUGUUGCUCCAGCACUGGGCCUUGACAAGUCAUGCAGCUUUUCAGCAGCAAUGUCCUGAAGGGCAUGAAUCUAGAGCAGGUGGGACUUCCCUGUUCAGCCAAAUUCCUUUGUACAGAGGAUGGAGAAUUCCAGAAGUACGGCUGAGGGCCCAUCCUUUCAAUCUCAGUGUGUGCCAAAGGGCAGUUACCUGGAGGUGAUACUGAGGGACUUGGGAGAGAGCAGCUGAGCUAAAAGCAGAGAAAACAAGGCCUGCAGUGGAUUUAUGCCUUAGCUUGAGUGCUGAAUUUUCCAAAGGAAAUGGGGAGAGUUGUGCUCACAAUGAAGCUGUCCUUAGCCAAAUACCCUUUCUGUUUGCACAGCCACAGUCAGAUCCUUACACACUGAAAUUCCUCCCCUGUUCUGGGCUGCCUGACACCUCCUGUGUUUGCUCCAGAGUUGUUCCUGCCUCUUUACAGUAAUUAUGCCACUUUCAGGUGGAAAAUAAGU